AUGAACUCAUUUGCUGCUAAUCUGAAUCUACCAAUACCUGAUUUGUGGGAAGUCAGGGAUGUCAUCAAUAAAGUUAAAAGUGUCGUUCUCAAUUACACGGAAAUGGAAGCCAAGGUACACGAGGCUACAAAUAACGAAGCUUGGGGAGCUUCAAGCACACUUAUGCAAGAAAUUGCACAGGGCACCUUCAACUAUGAACAGUUUUCUGAAAUUAUGCCCACCAUUUACAAACGUUUUACAGAAAAAGAAGCUAAACAAUGGAGACAGAUCUACAAGUCGCUUGUACUCUUAGAAUACCUUGUAAAAAAUGGCUCUGAAAGAGUAGUGGAUGAUGCCAGAUCUCAUGUAUCCAUGAUAAAAAUGAUGAAAAACUUUCAUUACAUAGAUGAUAAAGGAAAAGAUCAGGGAAUCAACGUUCGUAACCGCGCCAAACAAUUAGCAGAACUAUUGGGAGAUAUAGAAUUGAUUAAAGUUGAACGCAAGAAAGCCAAAAAGAACCGUAAUAAGUAUACAGGUGUUGGAUCCGAUGGAGGAAUGGCGUACCAAUCAUCUAGUAUGAGCUCUUCGAGAUUUGAAGGGUUCGGUAAUACUUCCUUUAGUAGUAGUGGAACUGGUAUGCAAGGUUUUGGUAGCGACGAUUUAUAUGAUGAUGUCGAUGAUAUGGGAACCAGUGGAAAAUACGAUGAUGAUAGCCAUUUUCCUUCUGGAUCCUAUGAGUCUAGAAGAAGGAGAUCUUCUGCCAACAGUAAAAAGUCAGCAACGGCAGCGGCAGCAGCAACAUCAUCAUCAACAGCAUCAACAACAACAAACAAGCCCAAGACUGCAAAAGAAAUGAACUUGUUCGAUUUUGAUGAUGAACCUGUUCAAACUACAAGUAAAGCGGGUAAUGUUGCCAAGAAUUAUGAUGAUUGGGGAGACUUUGCAACAGGCGGUGUUGGUGGUGAUGAUGACGACUUUGACGAUUUUCAAAGCGCUCCAACAACGACAGCAGCUCCGGCUAAGCCUGCGCAUUCUACUAUUACUUCGACACAAGCAAAGAAAACAAAUGAUAUUUUCGACUUGUUGGGAGAAGAUAAUGUGAAUACGUCGACGACAUCAGCUCCACCAGUAUCUAAUUUGAUGUUAGCGCAAGGCAUUUCUGUUGAUUCACUCGUUACCGGCCAUAGCCCACAGCCAUUAAAUAGUCACGCAACGCCUACAGCACCUGCAGCCUCAGCAAUCCAGCCCACCAAUACAAUGAAAACGCCUACAUUGGCGACCCAGAAUAGCUCGAAUGACAACAACAAGCCUACUACUAGUAGUACUCAAUCACCAGCAUCCUCUUCUGCAGCUUCCAUUGGGGGUAUCUGGUCUCAAGGUUCAAAAUUAAUUAAUCUGGAUAGCUUAACCUCACCACAAGCACCCAAAAAGCAAGAGCAAGGGCCUACCAUCAACUCGCUAAAGACGAGUAGUAUAAACGCUAGCUGGAAUAGUUGGGGUACCUCCAAUUCUUCCUCAUCAGCAGCUACCCCCUCUCAACAGUCAACGCAACCACCUCAGCAACAGCAACAAAAUAAACAGCAGUCUUUGUUUGAUGACUUGUUAAUGUAG